AUGGCUUGUUUCGUGGGGGGAAGUAAGCAGCACGUACCUGUUCUACUCGUCGUCCUUCAGGAUGUGCUCGCCAGGGGUCGCCGUGGCUGCUGUAGCGGCGGCGGCUUGCUCUUCCUCCCGGAGCAUCUUCUGCGCAUCGUUGACCCGCAUCCGGACGAUGCCGCCGACCACAAUUGCGGCGGUGCCCAGGGUCCAGAUCCACAGGAUCUUGAGACCGGGGCUCUUCUGGCUCCACCUGGUCACCAUUGGAGGAGCGGCAGCAGCUUGAAGCGCGGUGAAAGCGCAGGGGAUUUCAGUCUGCUUGGAGAAUGA